CUCCGCGGCGCGCCGUGUGGGGAGUGGGGCGCGUGUUGUGACUGCGACAGCGACCCGCGCGGCGGGACAGCGGCGGCGUGUCCGCCUGAGACGCGCAGGAUGCACGCGGCCCAUAGCCGACCCUGUCCGCCGCGUGCGCCGGACAAGGUCGAGCCGCCGCUGCAGGCGCCGGGCGCCGCCAAGGUCUGCGGAGUAUGCGGUGAGCGCGCCAAGAGCCAUCACUUCGGCGGCAUGGCGUGCGACUCGUGCAAGGCGUUCUUCCGGCGCAGCGUGCAGAACGAGGCGUACCGCCACUUCCGCUGCGCCUACGAAGGCCGCUGUCACAUCACCAUCUCGUCCCGCAAGUGCUGUCAGAACUGCAGGUUUCAAAAAUGCGUCAAAAUCGGCAUGGAGAAGAAGUGGGUGAUGUCAGAAGAAGAGAGGCAGCACCAGGAUAAGCUGCGGAAGGAGAGGAAGCGCCAGCGGCUGGAGGAGGCGGACGGCCGGCGGGCUGAAUGUCCCAAGCCGCCGUCCCCGAUGGAGGCGCACAGGAAGAGCCGCCACCUCUUCCUCUCCGAGCAGGAGGUCAAGGAGAUCGACAUGCUGGUCAAGAAGUUUUACGAGUCGUUUCAAAAAUGCGUCAAAAUCGGCAUGGAGAAGAAGUGGGUGAUGUCAGAAGAAGAGAGGCAGCACCAGGAUAAGCUGCGGAAGGAGAGGAAGCGCCAGCGGCUGGAGGAGGCGGACGGCCGGCGGGCUGAAUGUCCCAAGCCGCCGUCCCCGAUGGAGGCGCACAGGAAGAGCCGCCACCUCUUCCUCUCCGAGCAGGAGGUCAAGGAGAUCGACAUGCUGGUCAAGAAGUUUUACGAGUCGUACUCGUCGAACCCGCUGGAGCCGCAGUCAAACCCCAACGGGCCGGCCCUGCCGACGCGCGUGGUCAGCGUCUUCGUCAACGCCGUAACGCGUCUCGUCUCCUACAUCUUCACCCUGCCGCGCUUCAGGCAGAUCGCUGCCUGCGACCAGAGGGUCCUGCUCAAGCACGGCGUUCUAGCCAUGCUGAUCCUGCGCGGCUCCAUGGUUUACGACUCCGGCCAAGACGUGUUCGACAUCAAGGCCGAGGGCGCCAAGGUCGGCCUGGACGACGUCAAGUCCGUCAUGACGCCGGACCUGUACCAGAACCAUCACAAGUUUGUCCAGAAGAUGCAGAGCCUGGGUCUGGACAUCACGACGCUGAUGCUGCUGCAGAUGGUGGUCCUGUUCUCCUCCGACCUCAGCGGCUUGGCGGACCCGGACGCCGUGGCCCGGACGCAGGACCACUAUACGUGUCUGGUGCGGCGCUACAUGAGCUGGUGGUAUGGUGAGGAGACUACGCGCCUUCUCUACCCCAAGAUGCUGCACGUGCUGGCCGAUCUGCGAGCCCUGACCGAGGCGCACAACAUGAACACGUGAGCCCACACGAGAACACACGAUACCAACACGCGGAAGCAUGCACCAGCAUAUGAACGUGUGGGACGGCACACAACAUGAACACAUGGGCUGAAACAUGAGCAGGGGAGUAAAACACACGUAACAUGAACGUGAGAGCCAAAACAUGAACAUAUGACCCAAACACAGGCAUCAGGUGGCCCGAUAUAUGAACACGUGAGCUCAACACGUAGUAUGAACACUUGAGCAAAACACGAGCACCUGAAACAGCACAUGGACACUUGAACCAGCACAUGAAGGUUUGAUCCAAUCU